AUGUCACGAAAACUUGUUGUCCUCCUUUCGCUCCUUUCCUCCCUCUCCUUCGCUGCCCCCGUCCGUCGAGAGGUUCCUCAAGAACACUCACACGAGCGCUUCUUGAGAUCCGUCCAGGCCAGUCUGCAGCUAAACAACCCCGCUGGUAUCGUCGACUCAGUGUUCGGACUCCUUGGUGACGGUGCAGCUGCUACUGGUGCUGGAACAAUCGAAGACCCAGCAUGCCUUCAACAAGCCACAGCAGAUCAGGCGUUCACCAACGCCAAGGCUGCUGGUGACGUCCAGGGCAUGGUAGAUGCACUUAUCUAUCGUGCCUUGGAGAGGAAUACUCUCCAGGUUGGCCUUGCCUCCGAUCCAUGCACGAGCCUUCAAGCCGUCAACCCCGAGAUUGCGGCUAUCCAGCAGCACCAGGACCCCGCUUCUCCUAAUGCGGCAGAAAUCAACAAAGCCAUUACACUUGAACUGGCAAGACAGAUCAAGUCCGUCGGCGGCAAUCCCCAGGAUGCUAUCCUCUCCGGAACAUUCGCGCCUGGUGAUGUCAACGACCCCACGGGACGUGGCAACUCUUGCAACGACAUUGACGACGCCGAGGGCUGCAUCUUCACCCAGAACCUGCUCGUACCUGACGCUACGCCAGAGGAGAUUGAGGCGGCUGUGGCCGACGUUGAGGUCGGCGAACCGCCCCAAGCUACCGAGACUGCUGAUGUUGAGGAGCCUGAAAUCACCGCAACAGCGACAUGCCCACCACCAAGGACCGUUACUGUGACCGCCGUCCCCACCGCAACUGAGAUCAUCGAAGAAAUCGAAGAAAUCGAGACUGCCCCCAUUGCAAUCGAGACAGGUGUUGCGGGAAACAACAAGGUCGCCAAGUUGAAGAAGAUCAUUAAGAUCAUUCAACUUCUCCAGGGUGGAGCAAGGCACACUGCUACCAGGACCGUGGUAGUUGCGCAGCCCACGCAAACCGCCGAGGUUCCUGAAGCUGAGGAAACCGAGGCUGAGGAAGUUGAGGUCGAGGAACCUGCUUCAGGCAACCUCCAGAAGUUUACUGGUGCUCUCGGUGGCCAGUCCGCUCCCCGUGUGAUCGCAGGAGGACGUGGAUUCCAGGUCGAAGGGAACGCCGAGUUCCAAAACCUCGCCGCUGCCAUCUCCCGCUCUUGUGAUGUCCAAAAGAACCGAUGUGCCAACGUCGCCAACUCGGCUGAGGGCAGGGAACUUGGAUUGAGCGUCUCUGAUUGUGACGAACAGAAUGCCGCUUGCCGCGCAGCAAAUGCAUAA